AUGCGCUCCGUUCCUUCUCGCGUCACCGCGGGUCUCAUCGCCGCCUUCCUCUCCGCCUGCCCCUUCCCUUCUCCUCCUAACCUCCUCUUCUUCGCUGCCGCAGCCGCCGCGCUCUCGGUUCUCCACCUGUCCAAAGCCCGCGCACGCCCGCUUACUCCCCUCUGCUCCCGACGCGAAGUGUCUCUAACGGUGGCGAUGAGAUCCACCGUCUCGCCUCCGCCGUCGCUUACCUUCUCCUCUCCCGAAUCUCUCUCCGAUUGGAUCCGCCCUCAUCUCCCCUUCGACCCUGUCGGCUCCUGGGGCGCGGUUCCUGGAUCUAAAUCCCUCGUCAAUCUAUGGAUCGAGGUCAACCGCGGAGAGACUUCGCUCCUCCUCCUUCCCGAUUCCGAGGGUGACCCGAGCGGCGAGAAAGAAGGAACCUCUACCAUCCUCCGAGUCGUCAACGUGGCCAUCGUCAGGAUCCGUAAUUCUCGCGGCGAAGUCCUUGUCGAAUCGCACCAAAUCCUCUCCGACGGCACGGUGCGCCACCGAUACCGGCCCCUUUCCGAGAAGAUGAUGCCUGGGGAGGCAGUCGAGGAGGCUGCCGUCCGUGCGGUCCGCGAGGAAUUGGGGAAAGACGCAGUGAGGAUUAUUCCCGGCUCGUAUCGGAUGAGGAUGGAAGACAGGGCUUCCGCCUCGUAUCCGGGCCUCCCGGGGCGCUACAUCUUGCAUACCGUCGAUGCCGAUGUGGAAGGACUGCCGGAGGUGGGGGAGUUCUCGACGGAAGAGAAUGGGGAGGGUGUCGAGGCAGCCGAGAAGGGGGUUUUUGUCAGGAAGCAUUUCUGGAAGUGGAUCGCCGAUGAUGGCGGCAUGCAGCAAUCCUGGGAGUGA